UAUCGGAUCUUCCUUUCAAGUCACUCACCCCUCGAAUUUUGACCCAAUCCCCCAUUGCAAAAAUGGCUAAGAUUAAGAAGAAGGGAACCUCUGGCCAGGCCAAAAACUACAUCACCAGAACGCAGGCAGUGCGCAAACUUCAGAUCUCUCUGCCUGACUUCCGUCGACUAUGUAUCUUCAAGGGUAUCUAUCCCCGUGAGCCUCGCAGCAAGAAGAAGGCCUCGCGGACUUCGACCCCCAACACCACGUUCUACUACACCAAGGAUAUCCAGUAUCUGCUGCACGAACCCCUUCUCCGCAAGUUCCGUGAACAGAAGGCCCUUGCCAAGAAGAUCGCCCGCUCCCUUGGCCGUGGAGAAGUCGGUGAUGCUUCUCGUCUGGAGAAGAACCAUGCGCCGAAACUUACCCUCGACCAUGUCAUCAAGGAGCGCUACCCGACAUUCAUCGAUGCCCUGAGAGAUCUCGACGAUGCUCUUUCCUUGCUCUUCCUCUUCGCCAACCUUCCCUCUUCCGCCCACGUUCCUCCUAAGACCAUCGCUCUUUGCCAGCGCCUCUGCCAUGAGUUCCAGCACUACCUCAUCACCACCAACUCCCUGCGGAAGUCCUUCCUCUCGAUCAAGGGUAUCUAUUACCAGGCUACCAUCCAGGGACAGGAUAUCAUGUGGCUGGUGCCCUACCGCUUCGUCCAGCGCGUCAACGGUGAUGUCGAUUACCGUAUCAUGGCCACUUUCGUCGAGUUCUACACCACCCUGCUAGGAUUCGUGAACUACCGCCUGUACUCCACUCUCGGUCUCAGAUACCCUCCCAAGUUCGACACCCGCAGUGACGAGAACGGCGCCGAGUUGGCGGCUUUCACCCUCGAAGGACGCUCGGUCGGAGCCCCUAAGGCUAUCGAAGCCAGCAAGCAGGCCGGCAAGUCUUCCAACCAGGAGGCUUCCGGUGACGUGCAGGCCAAGGUGGACAAGGUCAUCAAGAGCGCCGGUCUGGACCAAACCACGGAGGAGCAACCCGCCGAGGCGACCGAAGAGGCGACCGACGCCAUCGACAAGUUCGAGCCCGCCGCCCCCGAGGCCGACACCCUUCCCCAACCCGACCUGAGCGGCGAGGAGGCCGGCUCUCUGUUUGCGCCCUUCGUCUUCUACAUCUCCAGAGAGGCGCCCAAGGCACCCCUGGAGUUCAUCCUCCGCUCGUUCGGUUGCACCCGUAUCGGUUGGGACGCUGUGCUCGGUGACGGUGCCUUCACACACGACGAGACCGACACGAGAAUCACUCACCAGAUCGUCGACCGUCCUUCUCUCCCCCAAGAAUCACUUCCCGCCGUUCCCGCCGCCUCCGCCGAGGGCGCCGUCCAGAAGGUCAGACCGGGUACUCGUAUCCCCGGUAGAACCUAUGUCCAGCCCCAGUGGGUCUGGGAUUGCAUCAACGAGGGCAAGCUCCUCCGUCCUGAUCUGUACGCCCCUGGCGAGACCCUCCCCCCUCACCUGAGCCCGUGGGUCAAGCCCACCAAGGGUGCGUACGACCCUCGCGCCUCCCUGGCCGAGCAGGAGGAGGAAGGCGAAGCCGCCGCUGCCGAGGAAGAGGACAGCGACGAGGAGAUGGAGGAGGCCGGUGACGAGCAGGCCGCCGAGGCGGAGCAACAGGAAUCCGAGGUCGAGAGCGACGAGGAGUCCGACAUCAACGGUGGCAUGGACGUCGCCGGCACCGACGACGAGAGCGAGAGCGACGAGGAGGAGGAGGCGGAGGAUGAGGACUUCGGCGGAUUCGACGACAACGAGGCGGCCUCCGAGUCCGAGGACGAGGAGGAAGCCGCCCGCUCGCAGCACCAGAAGGAGCUGGAGGCCGAGGCGGCGGGUCUCCCCUUCACGUCGGGCGCGACCGGCGAGGCGAAGAAGAAGUCGCAGACCAAGAAGAUCGCGUCCAAGAAGCGCAAGGAGGAGGAGGAGCUGGAGCGACAGAAGAUGAUGAUGAGCCGGAAGAAGCGCAAGUUGCUGGAGAAGAUGAUGUACUCGAACAAGAAGAAGGACGAGGAAGCGGCCAAGCUGCGCUCCAAGCGGAGAAAGCUGGAGAAGGCGGGCCAGAAAUAGACGGUCGUGGUGCAUCAAAAAGUGUUUUGUUCCUGUGUGAUAUUAGAAUGAUAUCCUUGCGGGGUAUUGGAGACCAUUGACUCUAUUUUUUUUUUGGCGUCUUGCAUAGUAUUUUUAUUGAUCGGAAUUGAUUUCAAGUUGUAAUAGAG